AGUCGGGCCUGCUCUAAUACUUAUAACCUCACAUUGUCCAUUCUAGGCGCCUUUUAGGGAUAGGCACCUGUUUGUGGCAGGCCGGAGGAUUCCUAGCAGAGACAGGGAUUAGAAAAGGAGAGGAAGAGAGGUGGUUAGGUACUGGUGAGAGUUUACAGUAGGUUAGGCCUGGUAGUUGAAGCCCGCCAUACCACCCUGAAAUGAAGGCACUGAUAAUACCUACCACUCAAAACUUGGAAUUAAGUUUGCCAUCUGCUAGGUACUGUGGUGUUUGGCUUGUUUGUUUGGUUUUUGAAGCAGGGAUUCACUAGCUCUGGGUGGCCUGGAACUUGCUUACGUAGACCAUGCUGGCCUCAGAUUCACAAGAGAUCCUCCUGCCUUUACUUCAAGUGCUGAGAUUAAAGUGUGUACACUACACCUAUUGUGAUCUUUUAAGUAGAUUUAUUAUCUCACCCCCCCACCCACACACCCCGCCUUCAUCCAGUGAGACAAGUUCUGUAACUCCAUCUUAGAGAUGAAAAUGAGAAGGCAAGUAUGUAAGGUCACAAGUAAUCUAGUGAUCCACAUCAAGUUCUUUAUACACCUUGUGGGCUUGGAGUUGAGUAUGAGGUACGCCAGCUCCCAAAGAGGUUCUUUCUGGAAGUCUGUGCCCCCACAUCCACCACUUUAUUCUGCCUUGGACUUCCUGGAAUGUGCUGCAGAAACAGCGUGGGUGGAAGUGGUCACAGCCCUCAAGUUGCAGGCUCUGCUGAGAUGGGUCCCAGCUGGCUUCUCUGGACAGUGGCCGUAGCAGUGCUGCUUCUGACUUGGGCUGCUUCACUGGAAGCCUCUCAGUUCUGUGGCCACCUCGAGUACUGGAACUCUGGCAAGAGGUGCUGCAGCCGCUGCCUGCAACGCUUUGGGCCUCCUGCGUGUCCUGAUUACGAGUUUACGGAAAACUGCGGGCUCAAUGACUUCGGCGAUACUGUAGCACAUCCUUUCAAAAAGUGUUCCCCUGGGUAUUGCAACCCCAAUGGCACAGAGCUGUGUAGCCAGUGUAGCAGUGGAGCCCCAGCCCCAGCUCGCAUGGAGAGCCCUGGCAGAACCCACAAGCAGUGUAGAAAGAAGCCCAUCCCUCCCAAGGAUGUCUGUCCUCUUAAACCUGAAGAAGCAGGCGCCUCUAGCUCACCCGGGAGGUGGAGCCUUGGGCAGACAACCAAGAAUGAGGUCUCCAGCAGACCAGGUUUUGGACCACGCUCAGUGCUGCCCCUGGUAGUAUUGCCACUGUUUCUGGUGCUGCUUCUGAUACUGGCAGUGGUCUUGUUCUCCUUGUUCAAGAGAAAAGUCCGUUCCCAUCCUUGUUCCAGCUUGGCUUUUGGAGACCCCAGCACCUCUGUACAUUAUUGGCCCUGCCCAGGUACCCUGGAGGUAUUGGGAAGUAGAAACAGAGGGAAGACAUCUGUGCUGCAGCUCUCAAGCUGGGAGCUUCAAGGUCUGGCCUCUCAGCCCUUAUCUCUCCUGCUGGAUGAGCUAGAAGUUCUGGAGGAGCUAAUUAUGCUACUGGACCCUGAGCCUGGGCCUAGUGGGAGCAUGGCUUACGGUACAACACGACACCUGGCUGCAAGAUACGGGCUGCCUGCCUCCUGGUCCACUUUUGCCUACUCACUGCGGCCCAGUCGCUCACCCCUGAGGGCCCUGAUUGAGAUGGUGGUGGCAAGGGAGCCAUCUGCCACUCUGGGCCAACUUGGCAUAUACCUGGCCCAGCUAGGUCGCACAGAUGCACUGCAGGUCCUGUCUAAACUUGGCUGAGUCAGGGUUUGCUGGGGCUUACUACUCCAUCAAUAAAGUUUCUUGAAGCCAA